UGCAUGAACAUUGGGCAAGGCAGCUUUGAAGACCGCCUCGGAAGUCCUAUAUAAACAGCUCUGCAAGUUCUUCGGAGUGUGUUAAAUGAACAACCAGAUGCUCACUUCUGAUACCAUUAUCAGUAAUCCACAGAGCGAAAAAACUCUUAAAUGGAACCCAUUUCCUAUGUGAAAAAAUAUGUGGUUUCGUAAAGAUAUUGAACAGCAAAAUUGGUAGAUGAAGAUUUUCUUCAUUGUAUUUUUGUGUUUUACAGCACGGGCUGUAAUGCAAGUUUGUGCAAUUGAAGUCCACAGAGUAGUAAGAUGCAUUGCAGUUUUUAAAAUCCUCUGCAGAGGUACAGUUACAGAGUUUUUCUAGCCUGCUAAACAAUUAUUUUUAGAAGGAGGGAACUGUUUCUUUUUCUAUUAUUUUUUUAGAAAGGAGAAACAUUUGUUCACUAGAAAUUUGCAGAACAAGUAUUUCUUCACACAGGAAGGUUGUUUUUUUUUUUUUACAACGUGCCUGGUCCAAAGACUCUUGCUUUCACCAGCAUCACUUAAAAGCAAGCGAUUGUAAAUUGGGUUGUAACUGUUCCCAGAGGCGAGGCAAGAAACCUUCAGCUUGAGAGAUGUCCAUUGCUACGAGCAAGAUGUCCAUUGCUACGAGCACAGCAGACUACGAAGAUGUAACAACCACAGAAUACAUUUAUGACGAAACAGCAGAACCGUGCCACAGUGACAAAGUCAAUGAAUUUGCUUCCCAGUUCCUGCCACCGCUUUACUCUUUGGUGUUCAUAUUUGGCUUGCUGGGCAACUCCCUGGUGGUGCUGAUCCUCAUCAGAUAUAAGAAACUCAAGAACAUGACUGAUAUCUACCUGCUCAAUUUAGCUAUCUCGGACCUGCUUUUCAUCUUCACACUGCCAUUUUGGGCUUACUACGCAGCGCACGAGUGGAUAUUUGGAGAUGCAAUGUGCAAAAUUCUCUCUGGGAUCUAUUACGUAGGCUUCUACAGCGGAAGUUUUUUCAUAAUCCUUUUGACGAUCGAUCGAUACCUAGCCAUCGUCCAUGCCGUGUUUGCAUUAAAAGUCCGGACAGUUACCUAUGGCAUCCUCACAAGCGUUGUCAUGUGGGGCGUGGCAUUCCUAGCCUCUGUGCCGGUAUUGGUCUUUAACAGAUUACAAAAGGAAAACAAUCAUUUAGUGUGCACUCCUCAUUUUUCUUAUGAAACUCAGAUCAGCUGGAACCAGUUCUUAACACUGAAAAUGAACCUUAUAGGCCUGAUAUUUCCAAUGAUCGUCAUGACCUUCUGCUAUGCACAGAUCAUAAACACUCUAAUGAAAUGCAGGAAUGACAAAAAGAGCAAAGCGGUGCGGCUGAUUUUUAUCAUCAUGAUAGUUUAUUUCAUUUUUUGGGCCCCAUACAACAUUGUUCUUCUGCUACGGACAUUCCAAGAUGCAUUUGAUCUCAGCAAUUGUGCCUCCAUUAGUAAUUUGGCUAUAGCAGCACAAGCGACAGAAACAAUAGCCAUGGCUCACUGCUGCAUCAAUCCUGUGAUCUACGCUUUUGUUGGCGAGAAGUUUAGAAAAUACGUUUGCAGCCUUUUCCGAAAGCAUGUGGCUCUCCACCUUCCAAAAACAUGCCUCUCUCUGUAUACAGAGCCUCUGGAACGUGCCAGUUCCACAUACUCCCAGUCUACUGGGGAGCAUGACAUGUCAGCGGUAUUGUAGUGGCCUUCCAGAGAGAAUAAGUAAAACUUACUCUGGCGGUACAACUUACCAGAUCCAUUUGAGCUUUGCAGUCUAAACUCCGUUUAAAAGGGCUGAGUUGCUUCUGACAAAAGCCGCUUUUAUGGCAAGAGAAAAGAUCUGGGUCGGCUGUAUACUGUAAUUGUUUGGCUUAUGUAAGCUCACAAGCUAAGUGAUUAACAAAUGUUACAUGCAAGGACACUGGAGAUGUUAUGAACAUCACCAAGGGUUUAAUAUCAAGCACAUCUUAUACGCUGCUCUCUGUUGCAUUAGAAAUGCAUUUGUGUGUCUCUUUUAAGGUAGGCAAAUGUAUGCCAAAUCUAAUCUUAUAUGAAUGUGUGCACAAAUUA